ACUGUUACAGAUGACGUUGUUGUCUAUUAGUUGAUGAUUUUUCUUACAAUUUAUUAAUUACUCAAGUGUUACACCUUAUUUAUUAUUUGUAAUUUAAGUGAUAAACUUUCUAUUAACAUGAGUGUUAUCGUGAAUUGAUCAUUUAACUGUCAGAAUGUGAGAAAAUUGGCCAAUCUUUUUACCCUUUCAACCUUUUCCAUCGGUUUUGUUUUCCUGUUUUUUUCUUCUCCUUUAUUUAUUAAUUUAUUAAUUUGGGAAAGGAAAGAAAUUUAUAUUUCUUUAUUACUCUUUCCGGUUUCAAUAGAUUCUAUAAAUUUGUUUUUAUUUUGGUUGAAAUUGUCAUUUAGUUUAUAAAAGAGAGAAGAGAAAAAUAUUAACCCAAGCAAUAUGUCUCAACGGACUCAAGCUCCUUUAACUGCAAACAAUGCAUCGGGUAAAAGGCUUCUUGAUUCAUUACAAGUUGAUCUGAGGAAUAUUUCAAGUGAAUCUAAAAGGAAACUUCCAGCCCUGAAAGAGGCUGCUGAGGCUGGUAUUGUUAAGCUGCGAAGUGCAUCAAGUAAACACACAGAUCUGAGAUUAGCUCUCCUAUCAGAAAGUCCAGAAUUGUUGGAACCUUUUUUCAUGGCAUGUGAUUCAAAGAUCCCUAAGUUGGUUCUUAUAUCUUUAAAUGCCAUUCAAAGGUUAAUCAGUCAUGAAGCUGUUUCGACCACUGCAACCGUCCAUUUAAUUCAUUGUCUAUGGAAUCUGAUGGAAAAUGAAAUUGAAGAAUUGAAAUUAUUACAAACAAUGACGCUUCUCAUUUCUACCAAUGAAAUUGUCCAAGGAGAAGCUCUUGCCAAAGGAUUGGCUCUAUGUUUCCGUUUACAUUUUACCAAAAAUCAAACUGUUAAUAAUACAGCCUCGGCCACCAUUAGACAAUUGGUAUCGUUUGUCUUUGAGAGAGUCCAAGCUGAGGAUAAAAUAGAUGAUCCCAAUGUUGCCAAGAUUGUGGUUAAUUACGAGGAGCUGAAAAAUGGAUCUAAAAAUCCACCUCAAUCUCUUCGUUCUGCUGCUCGAGAUGCUUUCCUGUUGUUCCAAGAUUUGGUACAAUUAGUUAAUGGUGAUCAACCCUUUUGGUUACAAGGGUUAAUUGAGAUGACUCGAACUUUCGGUUUAGAGUUACUGGAAUCCAUAUUUACCAAUUUUUCAGAUAUAUUCUUACGCCAUGAAGAGUUCAGUUUCUUAUUGAAAGAAAAAGUUUGUCCUCUUGUUAUCAAGUUGUUCUCACCUAAUAUCAAAUAUAAACCUCACCACUCAAUGUUACACCAAUUACAACAACAACAGCAACAACAACAACAAAUACAACAAUCUCAACAACAUCAAUCGGAUGGACAGCAAAGUAGCUUGACCUCUUCCGAUAAACCAAUGUUUCCAAUAUCUACUAGACUUUUACGAAUAGUAACUGUUUUGGUGCAAAAUUUUUAUUCUCUUCUGAUUACCGAAUGUGAAAUUUUCCUUUCACUGUUGAUCAAAUUUCUUGAAGCAGAUAAACCUAACUGGCAAAGAGCACUAGCAUUAGAAGUGAUCCAUAAAAUGAGCCAACAACCGAAGCUUUUACAAUCAUUCUGCCAAUUCUAUGAUAUGAAACUUAACAGCUCGAAAAUUUUCCGAGACAUAAUAGUAGCGCUUGGAGUUUAUUGUCAAUCUAUUUUCAUCUCCCCUCCAAUUACACCCAGUUUACUUUCUUCAUUGAUAAAUGCUGCGACAGUUGCAUCUUCAUCAGGUACACCACCAAAUACUCCGAAUGCUAAUCAAAUUAACUCUUCAAGUGGAGUUGUCACUCCUCAACCCGCUUUCCUCCUUCGAGGUACAUGGGUUCCUGUAAUAUUUACAUUAAAUAUCGGACAAAGUAAGAGUUAUUUUCUUGACCAAUUGGACAAAUUGGAAGCUCCAACGGUACCCGAUGGCUAUGGUUUAACUACUGCUUUACAUUGUCUUUUCGAAGUGGUUGAAAGCAUAUCAACCAUAAUCGAUGGUCCAAACAAAACUGAUUCAAAAGAAUCUAAGGAAAUUGCAAUAGAAUCAAUUACUUCAAAAUUGAGAUUAACUCGUAUAAAUGAAUUAGAUUCUGAAACUAAAGCGCUACAUGAAUCAAUACUGAACUCUAGUUGGAGUGGACUUGUUGCUGCUUUCGCCCUUUUACUUGAUGCCUCAACUGACGAAACAAUUACCGAAACAAUUUUGAAAUCUAUGGAAAAAUUAACUGCACUCUAUGGUCUUUAUGGGUUGAACACUCCUCGUGAUUCCGUCAUAACCGCAAUGUGUAAAACUUCAUUGCCAAUUGGAUAUAAUUUACCAAUUUUAUCUUUUAAAAUUCCUACAGCUUCUGAAAAUUCAUCACCCAUCUCUCUUACUCCUUCAGCCUCUACCGGGACUCUCAUCUCAAGUACAACUGGGUGUCACAGUCGAUCAUCUAGUUUUGAUCUAUCCAAUCAUUGGGCAACAAGCAAUAUCAAUCUUUUAUCAAAUAAUUCAACUUUACUUCAACAAACUCAACCACCACCCACUUCAUUAUCCUCUAACCUCUAUCUUCGAGGUACCCCACAAUCAGAAUCAUCAGACUUUCGUCAACAAGUUGUCGCUGUUGGAACUCCGUUACCCUCCUCUGUACCUGCAGGCACAAGUACACAGGGACCAGUUAUGUUAACCGCCAAGAAUUUGCAAUGUAUGAAAGCCAUUCUGGCUGUGGCUCAUUCUUAUGGAUUUGUCUUAGGAUCUUCUUGGCAUCUUAUCCUAACAACUUUACAACAUUUAGCCUGGAUUUUGGACCUAAAACCCACCACUGGUGGUUCCCUGAAAGUGGGUAAACCAGGAACCGAAGCUGGAGCAUCAACCAGCUCACUAAUUACCACCGCUGCAAUGUCAGAUCUUCCUGUUCUCUCCGCAAUGCUUUCCAGAUUAUUUGAAUCAAGCCAUUAUGCGCCUUUGGCAAACUUGUUGUCCCGUGUUUUUUACUGUUCGCAGGAAUUAGAUGAUUCAGCUUUACUUCAUCUUGUGGAAGCCCUUUGUAAACUCUCAAACGAAGCCAUGGAAAUGGCCUACAAUAAUCGCGAACCUUCAUUAUUUGCUGUUGCCAAAAUGCUGGAAACUGGUCUUGUAAAUUUAAAACGAUAUAAAAUAUUCUGGAAACCAAUGACUGAUCAUCUUCUGCAAGUUUGUCAACAUCCACAAUCAAAAAUGAGGGAAUGGGGAGCAGAGGCGCUUACCUGUUUAGUGAAAAACGCGUUAACCUUAAAAGAUUUAGAAAUUGGUGAGAAAUUUAAAUUUCUCGAUCAACUUCAAGCCAUGUCAUUUAUAAAUCAUGUCGAUAUCCGUCAAAAGCAAUUAGACUGUGUAAUACAAAUAUUACAAUCAUCUGGAGACACAAUUUCUGAAGGAUGGCCUCAAAUAUUGGAAAUAAUUGGCUCCAUCAAUGAGAAUCAAAGUGAAAAUCUUAUUCGUAUCGCUUUCCAAUGUUUACAGUUAAUUAUUCGUGAUUUUCUUUCAUCCAUUCCAGCUAUUUGUUUAGUCUUGGUUGUCGAUACAAUUGCAAAGUUUGGCUCUCAAACCCAAGAAUUAAAUGUUUCCUUGACGGCUGUUAGUUCCUUAUGGGACACUGCUGAUUAUUUAUUUUCCAAUCGUAAAGUAAUUGAAGAGAAUCUUGAAGAUGAAGUGAAUGCUGAUCCAAAUUCACAAAUUCCAGCAUAUGGUUGCCUAUGGAUGAGCCUUUUUACCAAACUUGGAGAUUUAUGUACAGAUUCACGACCCUCUCUAAGAAAAUCCGCAAGUCAAACUCUUUUCGCCACAUUGAGUACUCAUGGUGAAAUAUUAGAUUCCAAUUUAUGGUCAUCAGUUCUUUGGAAAGUUCUCUUCCCUCUCUUGGAUCGUGUUAGAAUUGCGUCCAACUCAGCGAGUAGCGAUAAAAUUACCGAGGUUCCUAAGUCAAUGGGUAUUUCUGGAAUAGGUGUAAACGGUAACACAGGAUCAAUUUUACUUCACCAUUCUCGUAACACCGCUCAAAAGCAAUGGUCAGAAACACAAGUUCUAACCCUUUCUGGUGUUUCUCGAAUUUUCAGCCUUAAAAGAGACCAAUUUAUAUCAACUUUAGGCGAUUUUGAGAGAUCAUGGACUCUUUUACUGGACCAUAUUGAGACUUCUGCUCAAUCAAAAAACACUGAAGUUUCAAUUUCAGCUUUAAAAUGUUUCCAAGAUGUUCUUUCAUCAUCUUAUAAUCUCUCUGGUCCAUUUUCCUCUGCUAAUAAAACCGGAGAUGGCGAUUCUACAAGUAACAGUUCAAUAAAUAAACCACCGACCAUUUCGUUGAACAAAUCACACAAAAGUCUAUGGUUAACAGCAUGGAAAGUGUGGCUUAACAUUGGAACCCAAUGUUUAAAAUAUUAUUACGAGGAUUCUUCAUGUGAUAGUGGCAUUGGUCGUUCAUCUCAUUCAUUUUCUACUUCCUCUUUAACCUCAUCUUCAUCAUCUAAUACUUCAAAUAAUAAGCAGAUAAAAUCAUCAAAUGAACAAAAUUCAUCUUAUCUUCCUUCUCAAUCUUUCCUUGCCUCUUUGAUUCAAAUUUUCCCUUUUCUAUUACAAUUGAUCAAAGAUUCAUUUACAGCCAACGAUUUUAGCAAUUUAUUUUCCGUCCUUGAGAAAGCAUUAGCUGUCCCAGUCGAUGUUGCCACUCAGGCUUACAUGAUGUCGUCCACGGCUGCAACCCUACAGGAAAUUCAAUCAGGAUCUGCUACACAAAUUCCAGUGACACCUCUUCAAGAAUCAAUUUUAUUUGUCAUGGAAACAUUUCAAAAUGAUAUUAUCGGUAAAGCAACAAAAGGAGACUCACCUGAUUCAUGGGAACCAUUAUUACCUUUAUUAAUUAAUCAGUAUCUCAAUUUUUCAUUAUUUGCUUGUCAUUCACCAAGUACCUCUAAAGUUACCCAGUACCUUAUUAACUCAACCAACAAAUUCACAGCAAGUGCUGAUUGGACCAUGGCUAGUCUUGUACCCUUUGGUGAAAGAUGUUUAAGAUCUGCUUUAAUUUUAUAUCAACAUACAGCCUCUUGGAGAUCUGUAAUUAAAGGUGGAAUACUUCAUUCCUUUAUUAAGGCUCUUAAGAUCCCGCUUUCUAUAAAAUAUGCUUGUCCCUCACAAUCGACAUGGAAAUUGGCUCAUCAAAUUUUGUUGAAUUGUUUAUCGAUUGGAUUACCAAUAGCUCGACAAUUUAGUGGAGAUUUUGUUAGUUUAUGGGCCGAUUUGGCAUCGACUUUGGAAACUUUCCUGUUCUCGAUUAGUAAACAACCUUUAAAUCAGAGUUUGGAAGAGCAACAAUGUGAUGAAAUUCUUGAUGUUAAAGUCGUCGAAUUGAUUAGAGAUAAUAUUCUUCCUUAUGCUGGACAAAUGCCCAAAGAAUUUGUUUUACAAAUAGUAUCAAUACUAAACAAAGGAUCAAUUCAUUCUGCGACCAAUGGAUCACCAAUCGAAUCGACUAGGAAAUUGCGAGAAGAAUUUGCUAGAUGUUGUUUCGAUACUCUUCUUCAAUUCUCUUUUCUUGGUCCUAAAGGUAAUCCCAAUCUUUUCAUACAAACACCAAGUCUAUCAGCCCAAGGAUCAACCACUCUAGCAACUCCUGUAACUGAUAUCGGUUUGGUGAAUAAACUAGUGGUAACUUCAUUAUUACAACGAUUCCAUGAGGUUGUUAUCAAAUAUGUGGAAGAUGAAAAGCUUAGUGGUAAAUGUCCUUUACCAAGACACCGAAUGGCUGAAAUAUCAUUCGUUUUACAAGCUUUGGCUACAUUGACUUCUUCCAUGAAGAAAGCACCACCAGACACAGUUGAACACGGAGUUUGGGAACAAAUGAUUUCUCUUUAUCCACAUCUAGUUGAUUGUACAAUGUCUAAUUGUGCCCAAGUUAAUCGAGCUUUAAGAGAGGUACUACACGAAUAUAAGGAUCUACUUCAUCCUCCAUCACACGUUAAACCGACAAAUAGCCAAAAGAUUUUUAUGAAUGGUAGUUGACGUUUGUGAUUUGUUUUUAAUCAGCUGCUUAUUUAUAACGUAAGGACCAAAGAGUAACAAACUCUCUCUCUCUCUACUCUUUGGUAAGGACAGAUUCUAUGCUGAUUUGAUAACUCAAGUAUAAUUAUUACUAAAGAGAAAACUGAUCUUUCUUUUUAUUACCAUUUAAAGUUGACAAAAAAAAGUGUAUGUGUGUUUGUAAACAAAGUAAAACACCUUCAAGUCAAUAA